GGGGUCCCAGCUCUGGUGGCGCGUCCGUGCACGUGGUGAUCGUCGGCGGCGGCUUCGGAGGCGUGGCGGCGGCCAGCCAGCUCCAGGCCUGGGGCGUCCCCUUCACGCUGGUGGACAUGAGGGACGCUUUCCAUCACAACGUGGGCGCCCUGCGGGCCUCGGUAGAGAGCGGGUUCGCCAAGAAGACGUUCAUCUCAUUCGGAAAAACCUUCCAGCAAAACUUCCGGCAGGACCUGGUGGUGGGGCUGGACCUGGAGAAUCAGAAGGUCCUGCUCCGGGAGGGCGAGGCCCUCUCCUACUCCCACCUCAUCCUGGCCACGGGCAGCUGCGGGCCGUUCCCCGGGAAGUUCAGCCAGAUCUCCAGCCUGCAGGCGGCCGUCGGGGCCUACGAAGCGAUGGUGAGGCAGGUGCGGAGCUCCCAGCGCGUGGCGGUGGUGGGAGGCGGCUCGGCCGGCGUGGAGAUGGCCGCCGAGCUCAAGACGGACUACCCGGAGAAGCAGGUCACUCUUAUUCAUUCUAAAAUCCCGCUGGCUGACCCGGAGCUCCUUCCUUGUGUUCGGCAGGAAGUGAAAGAGAUUCUCCUCCAGAAGGGGGUGGAACUUCUGCUCGGCGAGCGCGUGACCAACCUGGAGGAGCUGCCUCUCAACGAGUACCGGGACAGCAUCCACGUGCAGACGGACAAGGGGACGCAGCUGGAGGCAAACCUGGUGAUUCUCUGCAAUGGGAUUAAGAUCAACUCCUCUGCGUACAGCGGCGCCUUGGGUGAUAAAAUGGCGAGUAAUGGUGCCUUGCUGGUUAACGAUCACCUCCAGGUACAAGGAUUUAGUAAUAUCUAUGCCAUUGGAGACUGUGCUGAUGUGAAGGAGCCCAAGAUGGCGUACCAUGCUGGCCUCCAUGCCAGUGUUGUUGUGACCAACAUUGUCAACAGUAUAAAACAGAAGCCUCUCAAGACUUACAAGCCAGGGGCACUGACAUUUCUGCUGUCUAUGGGAAGAAAUGAUGGUGUGGGCCAGAUCAGUGGCUUCUACGUCGGACGGCUCAUGGUCAGGUUUGCCAAGAGCCGGGACCUGUUCAUCUCUUCAAGCUGGAAAACGAUGAGGCAGACGGCACCCUCAUAGAGAGUAAGGGGAAAGAAGAAAAGACUUAUAACGUGACCCUUUCACUACCAGAACAGCUGAGGAGGCAGCCCACAAGACCAGAAGCCAAUUCUACCCUCGAAUCUGAGAGAUGGAAGAACCAACCCUUUCAUUUUAUGGAUAGGGAGAGACUGAUACCCAGAAGUGAAGCAGUUUGUUCAAGCUGAUUAACUGGCAAAGAACACCACCGUUCUGCUGAUCCCAAAUCUAGCCUCUUGGGGGGGUCCCCCUCUCCCUUUUCAGCCAUACCCCACUCCAUAGAAGGCAUGAAAAGUAGGGUAUGUAGCCUUGCUGUACCAUAGACACUUGUAGUUCAAGCUGGCAUCUGCUUGGGAGUGGAGUGGAGUAGGAGUCUUCAGGGCCUAAUUUUGGGUCUGGGCUGGCUUUGAGAUGGUAAUCUGUGCACUCUUUUCUCUUUCCAGACAUAAGUCAACACAAUAAAAUGGCUUUCCGAUUUUGGGAAAAAAUCUCUUGCAAUAAAAUAAAAUUGAGUGUCAUAA